AUGAAGCUGCUCUCUAUUGCUACUGCUUUUUACGGCUUAUCCCGUCUGUCUGGUGUUUUGGCUGCCAAAUCCUUCUCGGCAUCCAACUUGUACUAUGCUGCUGGCUUGACAGACAGCCAAUCGACCACUCUGCUAGAGGGUCUUCAGAGUGCGGGUGUCAAAGUUCUGCGCGUUUGGCUUGACGGUCAAUCGGAAACGCAAAAGGGUACAGAAAUCGACCCAUUCCCCGGCCUGCAGGGAUACAACCCUACCCCAUAUGAUGACACAGUUCUGGAGCGCCUGGACAACCUCAUGGUCAAAGCACAUGACUAUGGCAUCAAGUUAUUGAUCUCCAUCCACAGCUACAAUGCUCUCCAAAACAACGUAGACUUUUAUGGGAAAUGGUACGGCACCGGCGACUUUUACACCGAUUCCAACGCCAUCAAUUACUACAAGGACAGAAUUGCCCAUGUUUUGAGCCACGUCAACUCGAAGACCGGCAAGGCCUGGCGGGAAAGUUCAGAGUACAUCUUUGCGUUUGAGACCCAAAAUGAGGCCAUGCAUGAUCAGGAAAACCCAGAUGCCCUGACAAAAUGGCAAUGUACCAUGGCCCAAGCAAUUAAAGACAAUUUGAAAGGAAAUUCGAACAUCUUGGUUGCCACUGGCGGUGGUGCCUGGCUCGCAAAUUCGCUGUUGGAUCCCUACUUCAGUUGUGAUGCACUUGAUAUUCUGUCAAUUCACGCGUAUGGAGUUGGAGACUUUGCAACCAGUGCUCUGCAACCAUAUGUCACCAAAGCUCAGAAUGCGGGCAAGAAGCUCAUCAUGCAGGAAUGGGGUGCAUGCUACACCGACACCUCUAAUAACAAUUGUCAGGACGGGACACCGUUGAGCACAGAUACCCGUGAUUCUCACAUCAGAGAAUGGGCCUCGUCUAUCAGCGCCGCUGGUAUUCCUUGGUUUUACUGGCAAAUUCUUCCAAACGACGAUCCACACUACGGCUGGGACUAUGAGAUUGGUAUCAACCAUGCGAACUGGGACGCACUCAAGGCAGCAGGUCUUGCUGCCGGAAACGCCGAUGCUGCCUUUGACUUUUCCGCCUACUUGUUGUAA